CACGGCGCGCGCUCCUCCACGUGCACUCUCACACAGCGGGCAUCAAAGCCUUUACGUCAAGCCAGGCAGGAAGAAGAAAAGCAAAUCUGAUGGCACGAUAGCUGGGUCCUCUCGUCCAGCCGAAACAAAUGCUUCGCCGCUUGCUCUCGCCCAUGGACGCGAUAUUCAGUUUCACACGGAUUUCGUCGUGUGCACCGAAGCUGAGCUGAUCCUAUGGCAGACAUCAGCCCGCCUUGUACACUGUGAGAGAAAAUAAUUUGACGAGAGGGACUGAGAUGAAAAGCCAACAACGACCAUCACUGCUCGCCUUAUCGGCACUCCUGCUCUGCACAUUACACCAGACAGCUGGGUCAGGCAGAUCUCAUCGCGCCAGCUCAGCAUCAUCAACACGAUCAUCAACAGCAUCCCCAUCGGAGGUGAGAGGCAGAAAUAAUGUGGGGACGCCCCAAAACUGGCUGAAACAGACUAAUAUCAGCUCCAACUAUGGCUCCAGUGACUCCAAUUACAGCCACGAAAGUAGGCCAUCACCAAAGCUGGAAGAGGUAACAGGCCAUAUGAAUAGCUCCUCUUUCAACACCAGCAGAGGCAAUAUUACUACUGUGAUAUCUGAAAGGUCUGGCAGGGCACCAAGCUGGGGCCCAGAGGAAGGGGUGUCACCGCUGUGUGCCUACCGAGUGAUUGAGGGUGGCAUUGGGGGCCAGCUGUGUUUUCGAGACACACUGUUUGGGUACAAGUGUCGUAAGGGAGACUGCAGGACAGUGGUGUCUUUGGGGAAUCUGGUGGCAAAUAUUCUAAUCAAUGGCAGCGUACUGUUACAGUGGACCCAUGAGGGAGAAUCCACGAUUGAUGGCCGAGGUAUAAAGACAGAAGAGACUGCAGGUGGUCAAAAGAGCAGUGGGGAUCCUGGGAUGAAUUUAACCAGAGAGGAAACUAUACGAUCAAACACUGUUUUCAGUGGCCGACGCCAUAGACGUAGAGGCUACGAGUUGAGCUGCUGGUGGAACGGAAGCUAUACUCAGUUUGAGUGUGCUGGGGUCCAUCUUGGAUCUGGCUGCAGGGACUUUCUACUGACCGAGCUGCAUGAGAACAUCCCCUACAGACUUUGCCUGCGUUCCCUGGCCCGCUCCGAUCCAGCCCAGAAAGCAGACUGGCGGGAUUGUGUAGAGUUUACCCUGUCGCCGUCUGGGAUGCAGGAUAUUGUGAUCGCCAUGACAACAGUGGGGGGAGCUAUUUGUGUGAUGCUGGUCAUCAUCUGCUUGCUGGUGGCAUAUAUCACAGAGAACAUCAUGAGCCCCACGACACAGCACACAUACUCCUACCGCACUCAUUCGCGUCACUGAUGCACCUCUGAAUAAAUAAAAAGUCCUACAUUUAACAUCCGUGACCAUAUCAAAUCUCACAAUCAUGGUCCCUCAUCGUCCAAAACAAUUAUUUUUCAAUCAGCAACAUAAUAUGAUAUAUACAUCCUGUUAUGACUGAAUUGAAGCACAAUCUACUGUGGCUCUGCAAAUAACAUGCCUUGUCAACCUCUGCGAGGAUGCACUGAACCAAAAGUACUGAUGACCUACAUUCAGUAAAUCCAGUAGUUUACUGUGCUAUGUUUUUGUUCAAGGUUGUCUGCGAUUGAGUUUGUCAGUCUGUGUGCUGGCAGCAUUUAAACAGCAAUACAAUUAACAAAAUGGCUUUUAGUACAUCAGAAACAGCAGUUUUGCUAAGUGUGCAGCCUGUGAACAUGUCCAGACUGGUUCUGUCCUUGCUGGGUCACAGAAAAAUAAAAUUUUAUUGAAUAACAUUUUUCCACUUGAAUAAAUCAUCCCAUCCAUCUUGUUUUGCUUUUAGAUCCUGCACACAGUAUGUAUUUGUACCAUUUUGUGAAGGGCAAUACAAUCUGGUGUACAAUCUCCAAAUACUGUGCCAAAGUUAG